AUGGGAAGUGGAAUGAUAACGACAGUGGUUAUAGCCCUAGCUUUCUUCAUGAUCGGUUCCAACAAUUUCCACGUGGCGACAGCUCAGGUCUGUGGAGCUAACCUGUCGGGACUGAUGAAUGAGUGUCAACGUUACGUCGGCAACGCCGGACCAAAUUCUCCACCACCGUCUCGAUCUUGUUGUGCUUUGAUUCGUCCGAUCGACGUAAGUUGCGCUUGCCGCUACGUUACAAGGGAUGUUAUGAACUAUAUUGAUAUGGACAAAGUGGUUUACGUUGCUCGUUCUUGUGGCAAGAAGAUUCCAUCAGGUUAUAAAUGUGGAAGUUACACUAUUCCGGCGGCUUAA